UAGGGCAAUCAUCGUCACCAGCAGCUCGAGGCCCAACACGACCAACCUAUCUCGACGUGCAUCAGUCGCUAACGCCCUAUACCCUAACUAAACCAAUCGUACACUCGAACAACCGCCAAAAUGGUCAAGCUCGAAGAAGUCAUGGAUGAGGAGUUUGUGCGCGAGCAGGAAGGCCCGCAUGACGACGAUGAGUGGGAUACCGAUUCUGAGUCAGACACAUCCUCCAUCCACUCCGUAACACCUGACGAGACCCUCUACGACCGCAUCAUCGCCCUACAAGACAUGAUCCCCGCCAGCACACGCCGUUCCGUCUCCUCAAAAGCCAACACAAUCACUUCAUGGUUCAAGAGCGGUCUGAACAUGGGCGGCAAGACUCUCUGGGUGGUGAGCACAAGUGCGCUGCUGCUCGGUGUGCCAUGGGCAUUGGCGUACAGCGAGGAGCAGAUGAUUGUUGAGCAGGAGAGGGCUGAGUUGCAGGCACAGAGGGCGCAAAAUGAGUUCAUGGCCCCCGGUGCGCCGACACCUGGCCAGCCAACAGGCGCAAAGCCUGCUUUGUAGACGACGAAAAUUCCGAUUUGGCGAUUCGACUGAAUGCGACUCAAACAAUAAAAACGUUGAGCUCUUCACAUCUGUUUUACUAGGAUGGCGGUGCGUGGAACGGGCUGAACUUGUACAUAGAGCGGCGAGAGUUUUACGCCGUAACGAUCUGUACUAUAUUUCUCGACUCCACGAUAAUGUAUUGCAUCACAUAUUCAGCUUGCAAAAGAAAAAACCCCCGA